GAAGCAGUCUCUGUCUCCUCUGGGCCCUUUGAAAUAAAAGGGCUGUUCCAUUCUUCUCUUCAGUCCCUCACCCUGUACAGACCCGGCCUGGGACAUUCUUCGCUUCUGCCUGCUUCCCCUCUGGGAGCCCCUUGCGCAGCUCCUGCACCUUGCUACAGGCGAUGCCGGAGAGGCAGCUUUGGCCAGAGGGGCUGGGCUCGGAACCCGGGAGCCGCAUCGGCAGCUGCGACAGCAUGAUGAGCGCCGCCUCCACCCACUCGGGAUCUAGUGACAGCAGCUACGACUUCCUGUCCGCUGCGGAGAAGGAGUGUCUGCUCUUCCUAGAGGAGACCAUCGGAUCUUUGGACACUGAGGCUGACAGCGGGCUGUCCACCGACGAGUCUGAGCCGGCCACCACUCCCCAGGCUUCUCGUGCACCGCCUCCAACUCAGCCUGCUCCCCAGGCACAUCCCGAGAAGACAACCGUUCAGCCGGCAUCAGUGUCCAGGAGAAAGACUCUGUUCAACGCAUCCCAAACCUCUGAGCCCCAAGGCCUGGGCUUCAAGUCUGGCUCCCACAGCCUCCCCAGAAAUAUCCACAUUAGCAGAAGCCAGAAACUCAGGAAAAGCGCCACCGAGACGCAACUCCCCAACUCUGGAGCCUCUCAGGCUCCUGUACCCGAGACUGAGAGCCAGGGGGCCAGCCAGAGCAGCCAGCGCAUCUUGGCACCUGCCAGCCCCCAGGAGGCCACACCUCAUUUGGACGUGGUGCUCAUCCCCCCACCAGAGGCCUUCCGGGACUCCCUGCCAGAGCAGCGUGGAGCUGACCUCCGGUCUAAGGGCUCAGGGCAGUCAAGCAGCACAGCCCACUUCCUCCUAGCUACCAGUCCCCAGAAGAGAGCCGAAGCCUCCACUGGGACCAUGUUCCAAAAACCUACCGAGAAAGGCUCAGUGGGUGGCCCAGGACAAGCCGGGCCUUCUCCUGCCUUGUCAUCUCCGAAUGCCGGAGCUGAAGAUGCUCACCUCCCACCUGCAGGGGAUACAAAUGCCCGCCCGGUCCCCCUCACUGCCCCGAAGCCCCGGAAGUUGCCACCUAAUAUUGUCCUGAAGAGCAGCCGAAGCAGCUUCCACAGUGACUCCCACCACUGGCUGUCCCCCCACUCGGAAGUGGCCCCUGGAGAUUCUGGCCUGGUCUCUGGCUCACUGCAAGAGCAGAGGAAAGCCCGCAGAGAAGCACUGGAGAAGUUGGGGCUACCCCAGGACCAAGAUGAAUCCAGCCUCCACUUAAGUAAGCCCACUAGCUCCCUCAGACUCAAGGAACCUCCUGCCAGGGCCACUGCCCUGUCUCCGCCUGCAGGUCCAGCUCAGGUCUCGGCAGCGGUUUCUGCUUCUGGAAAGGCUCAGGCCUUUCCGACCCCACCUCCAGGGCGGGGAGCAUCUGCAGUGAAGGUGCCAGCGCCAGCUCCAGCAAAGGGACCUUCUCCUGUGAAGGCGUCCGCUGCAGCUCCAGCUCUGGGCUCCUCUUCCCCAGGGAAGGUUUUGAUUCCUGCCCAGGAACCUUCCCCAGGGAAGGCUUCAGCUGCCAAAUCGACACCAAUGUCCAUCCCUAAGGCCACCAGGACAAACAGCCCCCCGACUCUGGCAAAGCCUGCCUCCGGCCUGAUCCUCCAGGAGAGCAACAUUCCUGGCCUGAGACAGAUGAACUUCAAGUCCAAAACUCUGGAGCGUUCAGGCGUAGGCCUGAGCAGCUACCUCUCAGCUGAGAAAGACCCCAGUCCCCAAACCAGCUCUUCUCUGGAAAAGGGCUCCUUCUUGGAUAAGAUCUCCCCCAGUGUCUUGCGUAGUACCCGGCCCCGCCCAGCCUCCUUGGGCACAGGGAAGGAUUUUGAAGGUAUCCAAGUGGGCAAGCUGGCUGACCUAAAGCAGGAGCAGGAUUCUAAGCGCUUCUCCUUGUCAGGACACAGUCGGGACAAGCUGCCGCGACCCCCCUGCAUCAGUGUCAGGAUCUCCCCAAAGGGUGUCCCUGAGGAACACAGAAGGGAGGCCCUGAAGAAGCUGGGGUUGUUGAAAGAGUAGCCCCUGGCUGCCAGCACUGCCGGCACCCCCUCAGCCGUGAGAGAAGAGUCUCUCCCAAAUCAGGGAUGGGGUAAAGGGUGGGCUUCUCUCCGAUGAGCUUCUCUGUAAGGCAAAGGACAGAGAUUCGAGUCAAGCGUGUGUUUAUAUACAGAGAGGCUGUCCCUAUAGUGCCCUCAUGAACUUACCCUGAAGAUGAUUUCCACGAGAGUGUGCGUGUGUUAUGACUGUAUAUUUUCCUGAUGCUAUUUAUGUGACUGAGAACUCAUGCUCAGAAUUCUGCUCUUCUUGGAGAGGUUCUUACAUGAAAUCAACUUCAUUCGAGCCAGAACUGGGUGGGGAGGGGGCCGCGACUAAGUCUGAGGAGUAAAAUCAAAUAAGGCAAUUUGAUGUGAUGCGAACAGGGAGGCAAGCGUAGAGCCACACAAAACGAGGCUCCCCCAGAAUGCCUGCAGCGGGCUGCCCACGGGGCCUGGGGUUGGUUUGCCUCCAGUACGAAGGACAGCCCACUGCCAUGUAACGAAACGUCUUGGCAGGCAGCAGAGCAGUGCUUGUUGGUCUGAGAUGGUAGGAACGGGACCGCCUCCUCCACUCGGUGUCCUUGUCCGGAGGCUGGACACAUUCUGUAAUAAAGUGCACUGUGCUCCCUGACA